AUGUCGUCGUCCCCGCCGGCCGUCCCACGGCUGAUGGGGGGCUCCCCGUACUCGGUGCUGGUGCUGCAGGAGGGCUUCUCGGAGGCCUUGCCGGACGGCGGGAUGCGGGCGGAGGGGACGGUGGGGCUGGUGCUGGGCCCGCAGGUGACCCUGGUGGACACGGGGGGGCCCUGGUCCCGGGAGCGCCUGCUGGCGGACCUGGCCGCGCAGGGGGUCUCCCCGGGGGAGGUGCGUCACGUGGUGUGCACCCACGGCCACUCCGACCACGCCGGGAACCUCAACCUGUUCCCCUCGGCGCAGCUGGUGGUGGGCACGGACGUCUGCCUCCCGGGGGGCCGCUACCUGCCCUCGGGGCUGCGCCAGGGCCUGCCCUUUGCCCUGCACGAGGGGCACCUGGAGGUGCUGCCCACCCCCGGACACACCGCCGCCGACGUCAGCCUCCUGGUGCGCGGCACCGACCUGGGGGACGUCCUGCUGGCCGGAGACCUCUUCGAGCGCGAGGGGGACGAGGGCGUCUGGGAAGAGCUCAGCGAAGACCCCCCGAAGCAGGCGCGGAGCCGGGCGCGCGCCCUCGAGGUGGCCGACGUCAUCGUGCCCGGGCACGGGGGGCCCUUCUGGGUCGACAGGAGAAAGAGGAGCCAGCACUGACCUGACCUGACCUGACCUGGCCCCCCUUGGGUCUCCAUGAAGAGAGCGGUGCUCCAGCCAGGGGUGACCCUCACUGACCCGCCUCCAAUUGAGUCUUGCUGCCCUUCCGGGUCAGCAGGUGGGGGCCCCGGGAGGAGUGGCCAGCAGUGACCCCCCCCUCCCUCCGUUCUCCAAGAAGAGAGUGAUGCUGCAGACCAGCAAUACCACUGAUGCAAGAGUCUUAAUAAAAAAGGACAGAGCAGAGAGCAAGGGUCUUCUGGGGAGGGGUCUCUGGCAGGAACCCAGCAAAGAGGAGCCUCAGGAAAAGGAGGAGCCAGCAGCGACCUUCCGUGACCCACCUCCAAUGGGGAACAAUGGAAGCAAAUCAUCAAGAAGGAACCUUUCCCCUAAUGGCAUAUCAGCAUACCACGGACACAAUAAAAUAACUAAAAGUGG